AUGAAAAAGAGCAUACAAGACGCUGAACAGGAAGCUGCUGAGGCAGAAAAAGAGCGUGACCUCGCUUUGGCUUAUGUGGGCAAUCUUGUGCAUGACAGUGUACCUGUCAGCGAUGAUGAGGAAAACAAUGCGAUCUUGAAAGAAAUCGGCCAAAUGCGGCACGAAGAGGGCCUUAAGCCUCAUAUGGAGCUCAUCCAGAUGUGUGGGAUUGUCAAUCUGGAGGAUGCCCAAAAGAUUGCUGGCUCCAGGGCAUACUACCUCAUCAAUGAGGGCCCCCUCCUUAACCAAGCCCUGAUCAACUAUGGAAUGCAGUUUGCGAUGAAGCGUGGCUUCACGCCCAUACAGACCCCCUACUUCAUGGUGAAAGAUGUAAUGGGCGAGUGCUCUCAACUUAGCCAGUUCGACGAGGAGCUGUACAAGGUCACGGGAGAGGGCGAUGAUAAAUACCUGAUUGCCACCUCAGAGCAGACAUUGUGUGCACUCCACCGGAAGAAGUGGUUUGACAAGGAGGACCUACCGAUCAAAUAUGUGGGGUACUCUACCUGCUUCCGGAAAGAAGCUGGUUCUCGCAGUGACACACUUGGGAUCUUCAGGGUGCACCAGUUUGAGAAAGUCGAGCAGUUCAUCGUGUGCUCCCCAGAUGAUAAUGAGUCUUGGCGACUGAUGGAGGAGAUGCUCGCAAACUCUGAGGAUUUUUUUCAAUCGCUGGGACUUCCAUACCGGGUGGUCAACAUUGUGUCUGGGGAGCUGAACAAUGCGGCUGCGAAGAAGUAUGACCUGGAGGCCUGGUUCCCCGGCCUGGGCAAGUUCAGGGAAUUGGUCAGCUGCUCGAAUUGCACUGACUACCAGGCACGACGGCUGGAUGUGAGGCUCAGGAGUGGGACCACUGUGGGAGCAGAGCCGCAGAAGCUGCAUGUCCAUAUGCUGAACAGCACGCUAACAGCAACGGAGCGAACUAUCUGCUGCAUUCUGGAGAAUUACCAAACGCCGGAGGGCGUGAGAAUCCCAGAGGAGCUGCAGCCAUUUAUGGGUGGCAAAGACUUCAUCCCAUUCCGAAAGCAGUAG